AUGGCCUCUUCCUCCUCCACUCUUGUGCUCUCAACCCUUUUCUCUUCCCAUCCUCACCAAACCCUAAACCCCAACAAGAACAAUAACCCCUUCUCAUCGCAUACAAAGAGACCCUUCUCAUCCCUCGCCCUUAAAGUUUCAACCUUUGUCAAACCUAAACAACCCCCUCCGUUUCACAUCCCUCAUAAUCAUCAAAUUCGAUUGUCCCGCCAAUUUCGUACCUACAUCACCGUCAGAGAUGGUGCUGAUGAUGGUGGUGGUGGUGAUGGCGAUGGAAAUGAGCAACCAGUGGUGGGCGAGGACUCAGCUGAGUUCAUUUUGUCAAAGCAGAAGAUAUCUUCGUGGGUUUACUUCACUGCAAUUCUGGGUUCGGUUCUUUUUAUACUCAAUGUGGCUUGGAUCGAUAAUUCCACCGGAUUUGGGAAGCCCUUCGUUGAUGCAGUCUCGGAGCUUUCUGAUAGCAAAGAGGUUGUGAUGUUGAUCCUAAUUCUAAUAUUUGCCAUUUUCCAUAGUGGCUUGGCUAGUCUACGAGACACUGGUGAGAAACUUAUUGGAGAGCGUGCUUACCGUGUUUUGUUUGCGGGGACAUCUUUACCACUGGCUGUUAGUACUGUUGUGUAUUUUAUCAAUCACAGAUACGAUGGAGUACAGUUAUGGGAGCUCAAGAAUGCAUUUGGCGUCCAUGAAUUUGUAUGGCUCUCUAAUUUUAUCUCGUUCUUGUUCCUCUAUCCGUCCACUUUCAAUCUACUAGAGGUAGCAGCUGUUGACAAGCCCAAAAUGCAUCUUUGGGAAACUGGGAUUAUGAGAAUCACCAGGCAUCCACAGCUGGUUGGGCAAGUGAUAUGGUGCCUGGCUCACACGAUUUGGAUAGGGAACUCCGUGGCAGUGGCAGCUUCUGUUGGUCUAAUCGGGCACCACCUAUUUGGUGCUUGGAAUGGUGACAGGAGAUUGGCAGUGCGACAUGGCGAGGCCUUUGAAGUUGUGAAGAGGCGAACAAGUAUCAUACCAUUCGCAGCCAUUCUUGAUGGCCGGCAAAAGUUGCCGAAAGAUUACUACAAGGAAUUUAUUCGGUUGCCGUAUCUCUCUAUCACUGCAUUGACCUUAGGUGCAUACUUUGCGCACCCCCUCAUGCAGGCAGCCAGUUUUCGGCUCCAUUGGUAG